AUGCGGGCGACCCUCUUCGUAGGCCUCCUGGCCGCGGCGGUCACGCAAUUCCAGCUCGCUUACGCUACCAUUUACGUCGCCGAGUGGACAAGCUGUCUCAAGCACUACUCACCGGUCGCCCCAGAGAACGAGCAGCUCAAGGCCGAGCAAGUCUACGCCGAAAUCGUUCCCUCCAAGGACACGGCGUCUCGCAAUCUCGCCGAUGACCAUGACACGCUCCGCCUGGACGUUGUGGGGACCCUGGGCUCCAAGUUGAACGGUUACAACGAGUCCAACAAUCGUGUCGCUACCUUGUUCGUCGAGACAUACGAAGCCGGCGUCAAGCAGUGGACGACAGCCUCAUGGGUGUGCGCUUCCAUGUGGCCGGGCAAGCUGCCCAAGCCCUACCCGCUCGAGAACGCAGCGACGUACUGCCCGAUCGACGCCGGACCGUUCGGCCUCAACGUCACCGUCCCGCUCUACAACGUGCAUGCGCUGACGACGCUCUCAACCCGCAUCCGCAUCGUGGACACCCGCGACUUCCCGCUCACGCAGACGCUCGGCUGCUACAAUGUCCGCGUCACGCCAUAUGAGGCCGAGUCAUGGCCAUACCGGCUGUUCCUCUGGUUCCCCGCUGCGCUCGCUAUCGGCUACUUCAUCGUGACCUGGGCCGCCCGCUUCGCCGCCGGCUGGGUCAUCGGCGUCGACCGUGCCGGCACUGGAAGGCGUGAGACGGCCAUGAUCAAGUGGGCGACCAUGCUUAUCAGUGGACUUAGCGGCGAGCGCUUCAGUGUUAGUGCGGCGCUGAUCCGCUUCGUGACCCCCGGACUCCGCGAUAUCAUCUACCACAUCCAGUUCGUCACCAUGCUCGGCAUGCUCGCCGUUCACUGGCCCAAGUUCUUCUACCCCAUCGUCGGCAAGAGCGCCUGGGCUGAUCUUGUGUGGAACACUACGCUUGUCGCGAACAGCUUCCAAAGCGUCUACCCGCCGAACAACUUUACGGCCGACCCGGCUCUGGCGGCUCAGAUCAACGACCCGAAGUACCCGCUUUACCUGAACAACUCUGCUCCGGACCAUAUUCUCGACCUUAAGGGCUCAAAGGACGGCAUGGAAUCGUUCGCGCGUGUUGUGGGCCUGUACCCGCAGGACCUGUUUGGCACCUGCCUUGCUCUGUUCCUCUGCCUCGCGGCUGGAAUCAUCGUCGUGCACCUGUUCCUCUGGCUCGCGCACCUCCUCACCGAGUUCUUCGGCAAGAGCAACAAGGCCGACCAAGCUGCCCGAGCGCUGUACCGCAACAGCCUGCAGAGCACCGCCGCGACCUCUGCUAGCAGCAAGGAGUGGCUCGACAGCCGGCGAUCGCAGUCGACCGACUACGCGAAUCUGAAUCUGCCCGAAGCGUAUCACACACAGGCCCAGGCCCAGCCCCGCGCGAUCCCCGUGAAGAAGCUCAGCGCCCCCUCCAAGUGGCAUCGUAUCCGGACCCGCUUCUCACUCAGGGGCGAGGCCGGUGCCUUCCACUUUGCGGCGCUGUACGGCAACCUGCUCCGGCUGCUGUUCUCGUUCCACUUCCCCAUCACGGCGUUCUCGAUGUACCAGCUCACGCUGACGCAUGCCUCGGUCGUUUCUCGAGUGUUUGCGGGCCUCGCGUUCGGAUUCAUCUCGAUCCUCCUCCCGGCUGCGAUCAUGUACAAGAUUUCGCGCACGCCGACCCGAAAACUGUAUGACGCCGCGCGCACGUUACUGUCCCUCGGGACAGUGUACAACGAGUACGAGCAGGAGAAGCAGAUGUACCGCGUCUUGCCUCUCCUGGCGAGUCUCGUGUCCGGCAUUGCAAUCGGUGCUGGCCAGGAUAGCGGCCUGGCCCAAGCCAUCGUCAUCGUGGUCGUUGAGAUCUGCACCUUCCUUGCGACAACGUUCUGGUCCCCGUGGGCACAGGGAGCGAGCAUGGGUGCCCCGAUCACGGUCAUCUCGAUCGCGCGUAUCGCCUCUGUCGUUCUUGCGAUCGUCUGCUCGCACGCCGUGCACCUCGAUGAGGUUUCGCGCGAGUGGUUAGCUUACAUCGUGCUCCUGAUCCAGGCUAUCGUGUUCGUCUUCUUCGCCCUCAUGCUCAUCACGAAGAUUACGGAAGGUCUCAUCCGCCUCUUCGGACGCGCGCCCUUCGACGAGUCAAAGCACCCUAUUGACGGCGGUAUCUUCGCUGCCAUCAUGGAUCUGGACAUGUUCAACGGCGACCGCGGAGGCAAGGCGGCCGAGCGUCGUCGUCGCAAGCAGGACUCGCAGGCCCUGCAGCAGAACGUCAACAUGGCCGGAUCCCUCACGACGCAGAUGAUUCUCGACCGACACUCGCGCGGUGUUGAUCGCGAGGGCUAUCCUAUCUUAUCGCCCGCCAGCGACUCGGAGCAUCGUGGCGCGUACCUUCCCGUCCCAGGCAAGGGUGCUAGUAGCGUUAGCGUCAACUCCUCGGACGAGAGCCGCGUCAUGGAGAGCCGCAUCAUGGACGCCUGGAAGCCGCGCACGUCGUACGAGACGACGCACUACAACGACGUUGUGCCGCCGCAAUCGCCGCCGGCGGAGGAGAAGAGCGAGAUGCUCAUGUCGCCGCGACAAGUUGAGCGCCAGUUCCGCAGCGCCUCGCCGCCCGACAUUUACGUCACGGGAGCGUCGGUCUCCUCACGCGACGACUGGCGAGGACACGGACGAACGCAGUCUUCUCCUCAAGUCCUCGAGGGCGGAAGCAACAGCCAGGCGUCGUCCCCCGGACACCCGACGUUCCGAUCACUGUCGACAUCCCCGCGCCCUCUGGACAGCUACCCGCCAUCAUUCGAUGCACAGGGUGCUUACCACCCGCAGCUGAACGAGCGCAACCGCCCGCCGCCACUAACGAUCCCGGGUCGCCGCAACAGCUUGAACGAGAUCCCGGCCGACACGGGACGAGGCAAGAAGCGACGAUCAUGGUUCGGGCGGUCAGGACGCAACAAUUCCGAGGACUCGGACGACGACGACGACUUUGUGGACGACGACUGGCCCGAGCCGCAGGAGCCCGCGCGCAGCUGGCGCAACAUCUUCCGCAAGCGGCGCACGCUCGAUGACCGGGAACGAGACGAGAACUCGGCACGCAAGGCGGCGCAGGUCAACAAGAACGCCGCCCAGCUGGCUGGUAUCGCGACCCCAGCGUCUGCGACAUCGACGAGUACGGCUGCGACUGGCACCGGGUUCCGCGUACACCACAAGCGUCCGACCCAUCAGCAGCGCUCGAGCGCCGAGCCUCUUCUCCUCUCGGCGCGUCCGGAGCCGCGCGAGGGCCGCUCCCGCCCCGAGUCGCAGGCGACCGAGCCGCCCACACCCAUGUCGCUCAAUACGCCCAUGGUCCCCACCGACGGCAGCUUCCGCGUCGUGCGGCCGCGCCAAACGCCGCAGGUCUCCGAGCCCGCUGCCGUGCACCACGGCGAGGUCUCGUACAACCCCUCGGGCUACACGCCCAACAUGUUUGUGCCUCUCAAGGACGAUGACUAG